AUGGAAGUCGGUCUGCCAGCUCGAGGUAAAACUUUAACUGCAGCUAAACUUACAAGAUACCUUCGUUGGUUAGGUCAUGAUACCAAACACUUCAAUGUUGGGAAGUAUCGUCGCCUCAAGCAUGGAGCUAAUCAGGCUGCCGAUUUCUUUCGAGCUGACAAUCCAGAAGGCAUGGAGGCACGUAAUGAGGUAGCAGCACUGGCAUUUGAAGAUAUGUUAUCUUGGAUGCAUGAAGGUGGCCAGGUUGGGAUAUUUGAUGCCACAAACAGUAACAAGAGACGAAGAAAUAUGCUGAUGAAAUUGGCUGAGGGAAAAUGCGAGCUAAUUAUCUUCCUGGAAACAAUAUGCAAUGAUAGAAACAUAAUUGAGAGGAAUAUUCGUCUUAAAAUUCAGCAAAGUCCUGACCAUGCAGAAGAGACAGAUUUUGAGGCUGGAUUGGAAGACUUUAAAAAUCGUCUGGCCAAUUAUGAGAAGGUUUAUGAACCAGUAGGAGAAGGAUCUUACAUAAAAAUGAUUGAUAAGGUCAGCGGACAUGGUGGACAAAUACAAGUGAACAAUAUCAGCGGCUACUUAAUCUCUUGGGUUAACAUUUGUAAACCAAAGGAUGAGGGUAGCAGUGGUUUUCAUUGUCUUCGCACUAUUAGCCAAGCUAUAUGAUGAAUUUAGCUUGAUCUAUGAUUGCCGAUCGCCGAUCCCAAUAAAGAUCAAACUCACCCUCUAUAGUAGAACACCACCAUCGUGCCACCCCUGUUUGGAGAGGUAUCACCAAAGUUUCUACAACUGUGAUAGUGGCACACAGACUUUCUACAAUUAGGAAUGCAGAUAUGAUAGCUAUUGUUGAAGGAGGGAGCAUUGUGGAAACUGGAAAUCAUGAGAGCUCGUUUCCUACGCAUCUCUUGUUCAAGGCCAACCUUCUCUGAAACAUUAUUGAUAUUAAAGUUCUAAAUUGCAUUACGGUUACAGAUCACAGUCAAAAGCAGCUUAUGCGACCUUAAUUAGGGUUGCA